AUGUUCCUUGAUGACACCGAGAUAUUCCGUACUUCCACCGCCGAGCCAACGCAGACCGGUAUCAUAUGGAGCUACGUCAAGGACAUGACCAGCUACCUUGCUCUAUUCAAGACGCCACAGAAAAUCAUAUUCGAUCUCGGCAACAUUGUCGACGACACAUACACGAGUUCCUGGAACACUACGCUGACCGCGACCUUCUUCACCGCCAACGAUGCAAUCGAGCCUGCCGAUGUAAUUAUUCCAAUCUCAGCACGGAAGUCUGGUGAUGAUGCGUCAAGUGCAUUCGUCGUACCGGAAGUAAGAGCAGUCAACAGUGUUGCACUCCCGCAAAACGCUAAGAAGGCUGUGUUCACAAUCUCUGCUUGUGGUCAGGCUGCUGAGGAGUUCUGGUGGAGCAACGUACUUUCGUCCGACACCAGCGCAUUCGGCAAUGACACUACACUGUACGGCCACUCACCCUUCCGAGAGCUUCGCCUUUUAAUCGACGGAACUUUGGCUGGAGUUGCCUGGCCCUUUCCUGUCAUCUUUACUGGAGGCAUUGUGCCAGGAUUCUGGAGACCGAUUGUAGGCAUCGAUGCAUUCGAACUGCGGGAUGAUGAGAUAGACAUCACUCCGUUCAUACCAUUGCUCAACGACGGUCAACCCCAUAGCUUCGAAAUUCAGGUUGUCGGCAUCGAUGACGAUAGUAACGGGAAUGGGAACUUCACGACAGCAAUCGAAUCGAAUUGGGUCGUUACCGGGAAAAUUUUCCUUUGGCUUGACUCCAGUAGCAACCCUACUACAGGCACCAUUGCUACCUCCAAAUCCACUUCUACUAUCACACUGCGGUCGGCAACACAUGGAAAUUUGAACGGCAGUGAAGGCAUCUCUUUGGACUACUCUAUACAGGUCACCCGUAGCGUAGACAUCAGGUCGGUCUUCGACACACCGACAGGACCGAAAACGGUGAUGUGGACGCAGAAGCUUACUUUCUCCAAUUUCGGGACUCUCAGCAACAGUGGCAACGACCAGAUCGUACGUCAGUCGACAAUAGGCACACAUACAACAUCCUCGAACUAUGUUAGAAGCUUCGGCUAUCCUCUCUGGGUUCAAUCGUCCUACAAUGCACCAUCAGGCGGCAAUGUCACCAUUGGCGCAAGCAUGGAGCGAAGCAAAAACGUGCAGCAGCGAGGUGAUCUGGCCUUUCCAAACGACUGGAAGAUAUUUGAUUACACUCGCCUACGCUCGAUGCCUUACAGCAACCAGAAAUUCCUUGGCUCGGACGUGAACAACUGGCAGAAUGGCACAGCGUCUUAUCUGUCCGUCCCCGCACUGAAGAAGUCAUUUGGAUCAGGCAGCACAGAGCAGCGCCUUACGCUCAGCGGAGUCGGCAGUGGACAUCCUGCUACUGGGCCACAGGAUGCACAACAAGGGCAGGAACUGUACCAAAGGCACAUUGUGGCUGCCAACGACUCGAUUGUGUAUGACGACCAGAGCUUCGGUGGUCAGGUGCAUGGCCAGAGCAAAUUCGCCGCACCCAGCCUGCAGGGCUCCCGAGACGGAGCGCUUGACUUUGCGAUUACAGGCGUUAGAGCGAUGCUAGGUAGGGGGCCGGCAUAG